AUGUCGAGAAAGUCAUUUCCCGAAUCAGAAUUUGACGCUGAUUCGAAUGGUGGUAGUCUUGUCGCUAGCCGUUGCUUUGGUCCGGAGCUAUGGUUGGGUGAAAAAUUGGCGAGAAGGGUGAAAUUCCAAAAAAUCUCUGGGAAGUCAUUUUCUGAAUCAGAAUUUGACGCUGAUUCGAAUGGCGGUAGUCUUGUCGCCAGCCGUUGCUUUGGUCCGAAGCUAUGGUUGGGUGAAAAUUUGGCGAGAAGUGUGAAAUCCCAAAACAUGUCGACAAAGUCAUUUCCCGAAUCAGAAUUUGACGCUGAUUCGGAUGGUGGUAGUCUUGUCGCCAGCCGUUGCUUUGGUCCGGAGCUAUGGUUGGGUAAAAAUUUGGCGAGAAGGGUGAAAUCUCAAAAAAUGUCGAGAAAGUCAUUUUCUGAAUCAGAAUUUGACGGUGAUUCGAAUGGUGGUAGUUAUGUCGCCAGCCGUUGCUUUGGUCCGGAGCUAUGGUUGAGUGAAUAUUUGGCGAGAAGGGUGAAAUCCCAAAAAAUGUCGAGAAAGUCAUUUCCCGAAUCAGAAUUUGAUGCUGAUUCGAAUGGUGGUAGUCUUGUCGCCAACCGUUGCUUUGGUCCGGAGCUAUGGUUGGGUGAAAUUUGGCGAGAAGGGUGA